AUGGCCUCCCCAACCCCCCAACCCGUCCCCAUCGACAACACCUACGCCCUCAAACUCAAAGCCCUCCACCAACCCUCCUCCCCCUUCGUCCUCAGCAACGUCCACGACAUCCCCUCCACCACCACCGUCCUCGCCCUCAACACCCCCACCUCCACCCCCGUCCGCGCCCUCGCAACCGGCUCCUACGCCAUAGCAGGGACUCUCGGCCUCGCGGACGCUGACCUCACUCUGCCCUUGAACCUGCAGGCGCUCUCUCUCAUCUCUCCCAUCGCGCGCGCAGCUGGAGUUCCACUGAGCGCGGAUUUACAGGAUGGGUAUGGCGAGCAGCUAAGGGAGUGUGUGGGGGGUGCUAUUGACCUCGGUGUCGUCGGGGCGAAUAUCGAGGAUGGCAUUCCAGAGAGGGGUUACGGGAGGGGGCUGGACGGAUUGAGGACUCUGGAGGAGCAGGUAGAGAGAUUGAAGGUCGUGUUUGAGAUUGCAAAGGAGAAGGGCCUGCCCAAUUUCGUAGUAAAUGCCAGGACGGAUCUUUUCAUGCUUAAUCCGCGGCCGGAGGGGUGGGGACAUGAGGAUAUGCUGAAGGAGGCGUUGAAGAGGGGGAAGGCGUACUUAGAGGCAGGGGCGACGAGCUUUUUCGUUUGGGGGCCGGAGUUGACGGUGGAGGAUGUGAGGACGCUGGUUAGGGGGCUUGAUGGGAAGGUGGCGGUGCUUUUGAGUGGUGGGGGAGGGAAGGUAACGGUUGCGGAGUGGAAGGAGAUUGGAGUUUGUAGGAUUAGUGUCGGGCCGACUCUGUGGAGGGAGUCUAUGGAUGCGUUGAAGAAGGCGGCUGAGAAGAUUUUGGGGUUGGAGUAG